CUUACAGUAAGUCUCAAGUUCACAUAUAAAAGGUAAAGAAAGUGGCACAGUGUGUGUGUGUGUGAACUGAAACUGGAGAUGGAGCAGCGCUUAACAACCUCAUCACAGGCUAAACCCAAGGAGGCCAAUCAGGGAGAGCAGCAAGAUGAUGUCUCAGGAAUCGUUUUGUUUACAGUCUCUGAUGAUGGCACCGUCAGAAUUGGGAGACCGCCAAAAAACUAUUUGGAUUCCUACUAUGACCGAGCCAUUACUGCAGGAAAGCUCAGCCAUGCCGACCAUGUUGCCUUUCACCCAGGCGGGGAUAUGUACGUCAUCUCGGGUUCCAAUCUCUACCAGGGGUCUAUGCCAUCUGAGCAGGGCAAAAGCUGGAUAUCCCCAGACAGACAAGUAGGGAAAGGCGAAUGGGAUCAAUAUAAAUUUCUGUUGUUCCACCCAAACGGGGAUCUAUAUGCAGUCACAAAGAGCGGCCAUUUAUACAAGGGCCCGGCGCCAAAUAAUGAAAAUAUCUCCUGGGGUUACGAACAAGCUACAAAGAUUGGCGAUCGCAUAUGGAACGAUUUUUCUGCUUAUUUUUUCGAUCCAGAGGGAAUGUUGUAUGUGGUGACUCCCUCGGGCGACCUUCGCAAAAGAAGCCCUCCAACCAGCGCGUCUGAUGAUUGGCUUGGCACAAGUUCAAUAGUCGGCCAGGGAAGCUGGAAAGAUUAUACCCAUUUUAUACGUUUUACCCCCGAUGGGUACCUAUGGUGCGUAGAGAAUAGUAACGGAUACAUUUACAGAGGGCUGCCUCCGGCCAACAGAGGGAGUCGAUAUGUGGAUAAGGCUGAAAAGUUGGGGUGCCACUAUCAUCAGUUUCACUUCACCAACUUCACAAGGGAUAAAACUAUUAAGAGUAUUUUGGGCUUUGACUUCCUUAUUGAUUCCGCCAAAACCCUUUCCCAGAGCAUCGAGGUGGUGGAGAAGCAAGUCUACAAUAACGCAAGGAGCACCACACCAUUAAAGUCCACAUUCUCAUUCAAUAAAACCAUAAAGGAAGUGAGUGAAUUUACCCACGAGCAUGGAUUCACUGUUGCAGUUGGUGCUGAAAUGACAUUUACAGCCGGGAUUCCGUUCAUAGGUGACACAGAGACCAAGGUGUCUCUGAACAGAAGCACAACGCACAACUGGAAAUUCAGCAGCACCAAUGAGAGAGAGGUUUCCUUCUCUGCAGCUACAGAGGUGGAGGUAGAAGGAGGCAAAGCUGUGCGCCUGGAGGCAACGAUCAGAAAGGCAGAAAUCAAUAUCCCCUACCGGGCUACAGUCCGAACCCUCUUUGGCUACGAAGCCACUGUCUCUGGAACCUGGAACGGGGUUUCCCACUUUGAUCUGGUGGUCAAGCAAGAAGAUGUGACUCCGUAGGUCUGGGGUAGCCUGGGGUAACCUGGGGCAGCCUGGGGCAGCCUGGGGUAACCUGGGGCAGCCUGGGGUAGCCUGGGGCAGCCUGCAGGGGCAGGUACUUUAUAUAAAUAGCUCAUACUGACUCAAUAUAUGAAAUCCGCUCUCCUAUAAUUACUGGCAGUAUGUAGCAAAUAAUAUACAUGGAUUUAACCCUGCAGUGAUCUGUUUCCUACGUGUCAGAGUUACAUCCAUAACAAUAUAAUAUACAGGUAUGGGAUCCCUUAUCUGGAAACCCGUUAUCCAGAAAGUUCCGAAUUAUGGAAAGGCCGUCUCCCAGACUCUAUUAUAAGCAAAUAAUUCUAAUUUUUAAAAAUGAUUUCCUUUAUUUCUGUAGUAAUAAAAUGGUAAUUAGACAUAUUUAAUCCUUA